AUGGUGAGGCCGAGACACUACCAGUUCUUGACGGCGGCAGCUACUAUUGCUUUCGGGCUAUGGUUCCUGACAUCCAGGCUGCGUGUACUUCAGAUAGACUGGGGAAAACAUUCUGGUAUAGACCUUUUUGACGGAAGCCUACCACCAGUGCCAAAUUAUGACCCCGAAAAUGAGGCGGAACUGUAUGAUACGGAUCCCACUGAACCGGAAUCUGGAUAUCAGGCGACAACAACGGAGAAUGAAUUAGUAAAAGCUCCAAGUCCCACAUCAGCACUAGAAUGGAACUCUGGUUGGGAUGACCAAGAACCAUGGCCCGAAUGGUCACAGACGACUACGACAACAAGCUCCGAAUCGCCUCAGCCCACAACCCAUGUUUCACAGGAGGAGUUGGAGAAAUAUCUUCAUGCUAUCUUGGAUUACAAAGACACUUCAUUUGAGCAAGUUCCAUGUCCAGUAAAUAUUGGAAACCGAUACAAGGAGCUACAGGCUACCGCCAGUGGUAAUGGACAAAUUCGAUAUUUCUUUGCGCUGGAUCUAUACCAGUCAGCCGCGAUUAUUCCACGAUUAUUCAGCAGUAUUAUCGAGGCGAUCCGAUUCCUAGGCCCGGAACACUGCGCCAUCUCCAUUGUCGAGGGUCGAUCCGAAGAUGGAACAUACGAAAUCCUCGCAGCCCUGAAGUCACGCGUAGAGGUCAUGGGUGCGCAUGUCUUCCUCUCGACUAGCACAAUCAAUCCAUUGAAUGGCAAAUUGAACCGCAUUGAGGCUCUGUCAAAACUGCGAAACAAGGCUCUGGACCCAUUGAAGGCCCAAGGUCCCUCUGGUCUUAUGCCAGAGUUGGCAGACAUGUACUCGCCCGAAGCUGUAAUCAUAUUCAUCAACGACAUCGCUUUAUGCCCGGAAGAUAUUUUGGAGUUGGUGUUUCAACAUGUCAAUCAGGAAGCGCACAUGACGUGCGCUUUUGACUGGAUCUUUAACGGAACGCUGUUUUACGAUUCUUGGGUUUCACGGUCGUUAGUCGGGAAUACCUUCUUUGAAGUGCCACACGACGGGUCAUGGGACUACAGCAAGGACAUGUUCUUUGAUGAUCCAGAGAGUAAGAGUCGGUACGAAGCAUUUCAGCCUGUGCAGGUUUACUCUUGCUGGGGUGGUAUGGUCACCUUGGAUGCGGUCUCAUUUGCAGAAGACACUAUCAAGUUCCGUUCAUCCGAAGAAGGUGAAUGCUACAUGGGUGAGCCCACACUAUUGGGCAAGGAUCUAUAUCGUUUGAAGCUUGGAAAGAUUCUUGCUAUCCCUUCUGUCAAUGUUGCUUACUCGGAUAAGGAGGCUGUGGGAACCAAGUAUGUUCGAGGGCAUGUAAGCGAUCAUGUCAAUGUCACAAUGUCGGUGAUGCAUAAGGAGGAAAAGGUGAAGUGGAAAGUGGCCCCUCCUGGCAUGGUCAAGUGCCUUCCCAACUUCAACCAGCCUUCUUGGUCAGAGUCAAUUUGA